AUGCUUCUCCUUUUCGGAUGUUUUCUGUUAUUCACGACGACUUUCGGUGAUGUCGGCACAUGCAAUCACACAGUCGAGCCGCUCUCCUGGUUGACCACAACGGGACGAGGGUUAGCCGAUUGGUCGAGUGCCGGAAUUCGACCAAAUGGACCGAAUUAUUGCCUUCAAGGCAAUCGCCAGGACAACACUGUCGAGGUGAACUAUCACAUGAACAUUUCGGCGGAUUCGAUUCCCCUUCGAUAUUCGAGAAAUCCCUGGAUUAUGAAUGAUGAUAACACAACUCAAAAUGGUUGCCUCAAUAAAGAUCCCCGGAUCAAAUAUUGUUUUUCAUUUUGCACGGCUGAUCUCGAAAACCUUAUCACAAAGGCAGCUCUGAAGUUUCGAAUUGCGUAUCAAUUAGCGGCAGAAGUCUAUGAGAAUUAUGGGAGUCCCAAAGAUGUGGCUGUGACAACGAUAGAGCUAUCUCUCACCGAUCCUAAUGCCCAUUUGGAUGUCCAGGUCUUUAUGCUUCCUUGUUGGUGCAGUGUUUAUGUUGGAAUUCAUCCCGAUUUCGGACCAUCUUAUCUCUAUGAAAUCCAGGUCGCCCACUUACUAACA